GGGUUGGAAUGGGCAUGACUGCUCCUGUCUCCAUCACUGCUUUUCGAGGCUCCUUACAGCAGAAAGUGAAGGUCUCUCUGAGGAUCCCGAGCCAGUUUCAAGCCAACCCUCCUUGUCCUAGCGAUGAAAGCAUUAAGAUUGAAGAGAGACAGGGGAUGACCAUUUAUUCCACGCAGUUUGGUGGCUAUGCCAAGGAGGUGGAUUACGUGAGCUAUGCUGCCAAGCUGAAGUCUGCGCUGGGGAGUGAAGCUGCAUACCGCAAGGAUUUCUACCUCUGCAAUGGUUAUGACCCCCCUAUGAAGCCUUACGGGCGACGCAACGAGGUCUGGUUUGUGAAGGAGUGA